GAUUAGGAAUUUAGGAGAGUCUAAUUUUUAUAUUUUGUUUUGGGUUUAUGUUAAGCGCAGCACAGAAACAUAAAUAUUAUCAAAAUCAAAAUCUCAAAUAACCACUGCAACGGUCCUCUUCGCGCCCUCUGUUGCUGCUGCUGCUAUGGGGGCUCAGGUGGACAGUCAAGCGGCCGCCGGCGGCGUCGGAGGGGGCUCUGCCUCUGCUUCUCUCGCUUCGCCUGUCGCCGCCGACCAGGACCACAUCGAGAGCACCAAGACCUUGAUUUGCGCCCUCAAUUUCCUCUCUCGCAAUCUCCCCCUCCCUCAGGACGUUUUUGAUGCUGUUUCCUCCAUCUUCCGCGCGGGUGAGGAUGACGCCACUGACGAUUGCGCCGCCGGUGAGGCUGAUAACGGCCUCCACAAAACCUCCAGUCACAUUGGUUCAGGAAUGGCAACUUAUGGAGAUUUGAUGGCAGAUUUUGAGGAUUCAUUAUUGAAAGAAAAAUCUAGUCGUGCAUCAGGUUCUCUGUUGAAAAGAUCAAAGGAAAUUCGUAAUCAGAGCCUCAUACACAGUCGGUUGACUGAACUUGAAGAAUUGCCAACUAGCAGAGGCGAGGACCUGCAGUCUAAGUGCUUGCUUGAACUCUAUGGACUAAAGCUCUUGGAGUUGCAGCGCAAAGUUCGUUCUGAAGUGAGUUCAGAGUACUGGCUUCGAGCACAUUGCAUAAAUCCUGAUAAGCAGUUAUUUGACUGGGGUAUGAUGCGAUUGCGCCGCCCUGUAUAUGGAAUCGGAGAUGCCUUUGCUGUUGAAUCUGAUGAUCCCUUAAAGAAGAAACGUGAUGCUGAGAGGUUAUCAAGAUUAGAAGAAGAGGCAAGAAACCGCGUGGAGACUAAGAAAAGGAAGUUCUUUGCAGACAUACUUAAUGCAGCACGUGAACUCCAACUACAAGUACAAGCUGCUCAAAAGCGUCGAAAACAAAGAAAUGAUGGUGUCCAGGCGUGGCAUGGAAGGCAAAGGCAGCGAGCUACACGAGCUGAAAGAUUGAGGUUUCAGGCACUUAAAGCUGAUGAUCAAGAAGCAUACAUGAAGUUGGUUGAUGAGAGCAAGAAUGAACGGUUGAGAUUGCUUCUACAAAAAACAAAUGAUCUUCUUGGUCGUCUGGGAGCUGCUGUUCAACGGCAAAAAGAUGCUGAUCAUGAUGGUAUUGAACCUUUAGAAGGUUUGGAUGCUGAUUUGACUGCUUCAAAAACUGAAACUCCUGGGCAGUCAGUUCCCGAGGAAGAUGAGGAUAUUGUUGAUGGGGAAUCUACUCGUGAUGGAAAGGCAAAUGAUUUACUUGAAGGACAACGGAAAUAUAAUUCAGCUGUGCAUUCAAUCCAGGAGAAGGUCACCGAGCAACCAACUAUGCUUCAGGGUGGAGAAUUAAGACCUUACCAGAUAGAAGGGCUUCAAUGGAUGUUGUCUCUGUUUAAUAACAAUCUAAAUGGAAUUUUAGCAGAUGAAAUGGGGCUUGGGAAGACAAUUCAAACCAUUUCUCUUAUUGCUUAUCUCAUGGAAAACAAGGGUGUGACUGGCCCACACUUGAUUGUAGCCCCAAAAGCUGUACUACCAAAUUGGAUUAAUGAAUUUCAGACAUGGUUGCCUAGUGCUGUUACUGUUCUUUAUGAUGGGCGACUAGAUGAAAGGAAGGCAUUGAGGGAAGAGUACUCUGGAGAGGGGAAGUUCAAUGUGAUAAUAACGCAUUAUGAUCUUAUCAUGAGAGAUAAAGCAUUUUUGAAGAAAAUUCACUGGAACUACUUGAUUAUUGAUGAAGGGCAUAGGUUGAAAAAUCAUGAGUGUGCUCUUGCACGGACUGUUGCAGGCUAUCGAAUUCGACGGAGACUUCUAUUGACUGGUACCCCAAUUCAAAAUAGCUUACAGGAAUUGUGGUCCCUUCUUAAUUUUCUCCUACCAAACAUAUUUAAUUCUGUGGAGAAUUUUGAGGAUUGGUUUAAUGCCCCCUUCUCGGAUAAAUGUGAUGUCACUAUAACAGAUGAAGAAGAGCUUUUGAUCAUUCGCCGUUUGCACCAUGUUAUUAGACCGUUUAUAUUGAGGAGAAAGAAAGAUGAAGUGGAGAAGUACCUUCCUGGGAAAACACAGGUUAUCCUGAAAUGUGACAUGUCAGCAUGGCAGAAAUUGUACUAUCACCAAGUGACAGAAGAGGGAAGGGUAGGACUGGGUACUGGAACUGGAAAAUCUAAAAGCUUACAGAAUCUGUCCAUGCAACUCAGGAAGUGUUGCAAUCACCCUUACCUCUUUGUGAAUCAGUACAAUAUGUGGCAAAAAGAGGAGAUUGUGAGGGCAUCGGGAAAAUUUGAGCUUCUUGAUCGUUUACUCCCCAAGCUUCGAAAAGCUGGGCAUAGGGUCCUCCUUUUCUCUCAGAUGACCCGUCUUAUGGACAUUCUUGAAAUCUAUUUGCAACUUAAUGAAUUCAAGUAUCUUAGACUUGAUGGUUCAACUAAAACCGAGGAAAGGGGUUCUUUGCUGAAACAAUUCAAUGCCCCAGAUUCCCCUUUCUUCAUGUUUCUCCUUAGUACUCGUGCUGGAGGACUUGGUCUGAAUUUACAGACAGCAGAUACCGUUAUAAUUUUUGACAGUGAUUGGAACCCUCAAAUGGACCAACAGGCAGAAGAUCGUGCACAUCGAAUUGGGCAAAAGAAAGAAGUCAGGGUUUUUGUUUUGGUUAGUGUAGGAUCAAUUGAAGAGGUCAUCUUGGACCGAGCAAAACAGAAGAUGGGCAUUGAUGCUAAGGUCAUCCAAGCAGGAUUGUUCAAUACGACUUCCACCGCUCAAGACAGGAGAGAAAUGUUAGAAGAAAUCAUGCGUAAAGGUACAAGUACCCUUGGAACUGAUGUGCCAACGGAGAGAGAGAUCAAUCAUCUUGCAGCACGCUCGAAAGAGGAAUAUUGGCUCUUUGAGAGAAUGGACGAGGAGAGAAGGCAAAAGGAGCGUUACCGAUCUCGCCUCAUGGAAGAUUACGAGGUUCCAGAUUGGGCAUAUGUUCAAGCCGAUUCCAAUCAAGGGAAGGGAAAAGGAUUUUUACAUGAUAGUGCUAACCUCACCGGAAAAAGAAAAAGAAAAGAGGUUGUGUAUGUCGAUACACUGAGUGAUCAACAGUGGAUGAGGGCCGUGGAGAACGGAGAAGACUUCUCGAAGCAUUCUAAAAAGAAGAGGCAGGAACAUCAGCCCGCUGCAGAUAAUAACCCCUUGCCUAGCAACACCCGGGAGCAUCAACAGCAGUCUGCCCGGAUUGAUGCAUUGCCUAAUAAAUGGAGCGACCAACAGCCAGUUCCGAAUGACACAUCACUUAGUAUCAAUACCGGAGGGGAGAAGAAGGCACAAGACACAAAAAGCGAAACUGUUUCUCUAGUCAACGAGGCAACAAGUGAAGACACCAUCGGAACAACCUCAAAAAGGUUCAAACCAGUAGCUGCUGCACCAGCGCCAACACCAUCACAGAGGGACGAGUAUAACAGUUUGACAGGUAAUUUUGAUGGACUAACAUGGAAAGCGCUCAAGAGAAAGAGAUCGAGCCUGGCAUAACGAACUUAACUUUCGUUAGAACAUAGAACUUAGCAUUGAAAGGAUGAAUUGCAAUCCCGAAAAUUGUAGGGGAUGAAGGAAUUGAUAAUCCUUUGUGGUUGCUAUAUUGGUUCAUUUGGGGUAAAAUAUCAGGCGUAGUAGUGCACAGAUAAUCCAAUCUUGUUUCUAUAUUAGUUCAUUUGGGCAAUAUCAGGCUUACUAGUCCAGAGAUAAGCAAUCUUGGCUGGUGUCUCAAUACCCUAUGCUGUGUAUCCUUGACAUGUCUGUAAUAUUUUAUACACUAAUAAAUGAAUUCACCAAUGUAUGCUGAAUAGUUUGUUUUUAAAAUUUA